AUGUCCCAAUCUCUCCGCCCCUACCUCCAAUGCGUGCGCAGCACCCUCACCGCCGCCCUCUGCCUCUCCGACUUCGCCUCGCAGAUCUCCGAACGGCACAAUGUCCCCGAGGUUGAGGCGCGGAGCUCGCCCGAGGUCGUGCUGACGCCCAUGACGGUGGCGCGAAACGAGAACGAGCGCGUACUUAUCGAGCCGAGCGUGAACUCGGUGCGCGUGAGCAUCCGGAUUAAGCAGGCUGACGAGAUUGAGAAUAUUUUGGUGCAUAAGUUUACGAGGUUCUUGACGCAGAGGGCGGAGAGCUUCUUUAUUCUGAGGAGGAAACCUAUCAAGGGCUACGAUAUAUCCUUCCUAAUCACCAAUUUCCAUACGGAGGAAAUGCUGAAACAUAAGCUGGUUGACUUCAUCAUCCAGUUCAUGGAAGAGGUAGACAAGGAGAUUUCCGAGAUGAAGCUCUUCUUUGAUUAA